AUGCCCAGGCACAGCAGCGACCAUUCGCAUCUGUGGCCCAAGGCUAAGAAGCCAGACCCCCUUUUGCAACUGGAUUUUGCUCGAGAGAUUCAAAAGAACCCACAAGCUGGGGCUUUCAAGCUGAAGCUACAGAAAGGGGUUGACCCCAAUGCACCAUCUCAGUCAGUUUUCACCAUCCACCCGGCAUAUGGACACAAAGAACGAUGA